CAGUGCGGAAUAAAAACAAUCCACGUAAUUUUGAAUUAACUCUUGAAACCGGACGUGAAUGACUAAUUUCGAAGAUUUCUAAAUAUUUCAAAGUGGCACCAUUAUGGUGAAGAUCAUAUUCCUCCACCCCGAUUUGGGGAUCGGCGGUGCAGAGCGCCUCGUGUUGGAUGCUGCAUUGGCUUUCAAGAAAAAGGGCCAUGAAGUGGCUUUUUACACGAAUCACCACGAUCCUACGCAUUGUUUUGCCGAAACUAGAGAUGGAACGUUCCCAGUGAGCGUUAUCGGCGACUGGAUUCCGCGAUCUAUAUUCGGGAGGUUCAAAGCGGCAUGUGCUUACGCUCGCAUGGUCUACGCGGCAAUUUACAUGGCGUGGUACGUGAUACCGGUGGAAGAGCCGACUCUAAUAUUCUGUGAUCUGAUAUCUCUGUGCAUUCCAUUUCUGAAGAUGGCCCAUGGACCUUUUCGCGUUGUGUUCUAUUGCCACCACCCUGAUAAACUACUUACUUCUGAUGGUGGAAUCCUCAAGAAGAUUUAUAGAGCUCCUCUGAACUGGCUGGAAGAGUUCACAACAGCCCGAGCUGACAAAGUCCUGGUCAACAGCAAAUAUACAGCCAGGGUUUACCAAGAUGCGUUUCAGAAGAUCAAGGACAUUCCUGACAUUUGCUAUCCAUCUAUAAACACAGAAUUUUUCAAAAUGACUCAACCAAUGCCUUUGAAAGAAGUGGUACCUGUAGGUACAGAUAAGUUUAUAUUCUUGUCAAUAAAUAGGUAUGAGAGAAAGAAGAAUUUGCAGCUGGCAUUGAGAGCCUUGGAGUACUUGAAACAUAACCUAAGUGAGGCUGACUGGAAUCGAGUGCAUUUGAUAAUGGCAGGAGGUUUUGACCCAAUCAACCUGGAGAACAUGGAACAUUUCAUUGAACUGACCGACCUUGCUGCUGAACUUGACAUUGAAGAUAAAGUCACCUUCAUGAAGUCUCCAAAAGACGUAGAAAAGGUUUCUCUGCUUUACAACUGCAAAGCAUUGGUCUAUACACCGUCUAAUGAACAUUUUGGUAUCGUACCAUUAGAAGCUAUGUACUACAGUAAACCGGUCAUUGCAGUCAACAGUGGAGGUCCAACUGAAACUAUUGUGAAUGACGUCACCGGUUUCUUAUGUUCACCGAACAGUGAGUCAUUUGCUAAUGCAAUGAAGAGGUUAAUACUGAAUCCAGAUCUAGUUGAGAGAUUGGGUGAAGCUGGCCGUAAAAGAUUCGAGACAAAGUUUUCCUUUGAUGCAUUCACUGAACAACUUGAUGGUAUUUUGACAAGGGAAAGGCAAAUAAUUUCUGAAGUGCGUGCGAUUGAGUAUGAGCAGAGAAAGCGCAAAUAGCAUAACGCUGACGCUCCAACAAUAUGUGAUAUUGUUUGAGUGUUUUACCAAAGAAUGUUAAUGUAACGGAAUAUGUACAGGACGAUAAGAGUGAAGUCACUAGAAAUAAUAUGACUGAUUGGUUGGAUAACUGUAAUUCAUUUCUCUUUGAUCAUUUAUGCCUUAUGCAUUUGUAUAAAAUCUAUUAGCAUUUCAGUCUGCUAAGCUAUUUGUCAAUGUAAUUAAUAGAACUUAAGAUUUCAUGAAUAUUGCAUUAAUUACUAACAGAAUAAUUUAGAAACUUAGCUAUAUGUUUAUGUAUCUGGUUUUAUCUGUUCUCUUGCAUUUGUGAUAGCAUUUUCUCUGAACUUGUAGUUUAUAACUUAUCUGUUUGGUGUAAAUAUUCUCAAAUGUUGUAAGUAGUAGUGAAUUGUUGUUUAUUACACCAAAAUGAAUGUAUCACUUUCAUUUUGGUGAAAUUUUAAGCAGAAUACUUGUUAGACUAAAGGGUAUUAGUACUUGUAUGUUGUUAGUGUUUAAAGUAAGAAAAUAAAAAAGGCCCAUUGACUAUUUUUGUUAAAAAUGCUUUGAAAAAUUGUUGUAUUGUAUUGACUACAAAAGUGUAGCUGUCUAUGUAUUUUUAAUACAUAAAUAAAGAUUUAUUCGGAAUAA